AUGAUGAAGAAUUUAGCAGGAUUACGGUCAUCGAGAGUUUUGGGGGUUAGGUGAGUUUUUUUUUUUGGUUGGGGAAAUUUGGAAAAUUGGGAUUUUUGAGCUAAAUUUAAUGAAAAUUAGACUUGAAUUUGGCCCGGAAAUUCAAUUGAAAAAAAAUCGAUUUUUUUUCAGAUUUACAUCAGCCGGUCCACCACCAUCCGAUCCACCAAAACCCGGCAGCUUGAUGUUCAAAUAUGAGCAAUUUGUUGGAAAAUGGCCAAAAAUUUUGGCUCUUCACAAAACUGUGAUGAAUGGUGGGUGAUUUUUGACCUAGAAAAGUCUAGUUUUAUUCCCGAAAAUCGUAAUAUUUUUCAGGCUCACGCUGGUGUUUUUCCGACGUAAAAACCUAUUAUAAAACUCGAAAAUCGCUGAUGUCUGGCGAGAAAAAAUUAGCAGAUUUGAGUGUGGAACAAUUGGAAACGUUGGUUCAGGUAACACUGAUUUUUGGCUAGAUUGUUCACCCAAAAAUCAAUAUAAUUUUUACCCCCAAAAACUUAGAGUGGUAGUGAGUUGGCGAAAAUGAUCGCAUUGAUGAUUGUCAUUCAAAUUCCGGGUCCAGGCGAUCUUUUGAUUUUGAUGCUGUGAGUUUUUUCGAGUUUUUGCAUGAUGUUUUCCAGCGAGGCUGAAAAAAUUCGACACAUCGCCAUUUUUGGACCACUAACAUCUCUAGUUUUCUGAGUUCCUUUUGAAUUCUGACACAUUUUACAUCCAAAAGCAUGGGUUUUGAUGAAUUUUUGAUUUUUUAACGAAAUUUCCGAAAACCUACCUUCAAAAUACACAAUAUUCGAUCUCAAAAUGCCCCAAAUUUUAAAUAAAAUUCAAAUUUUGCACCAAUGUUAGCCUAACUCAUCGAAUUUCCCGAAAUUUUUCAGAUUCCAAUCGAAGGUCCGAAAAUGGCGAUUGUUUGUGUUUUGGCGCCAAUGCCACUCACUGUCUAUCUUUUUGGCUUCGCUGUGUUAGUGUUUUUCCCCUUUUUUUGUCAAAUUUUAAAUUCAGGCUGAAAAUUUAUCUGAAAAUCUCAAACAUUUUUCAGAAUUUUCUUCCCGCGACUCGUUUUGACACGUCAUUUCUGGUCCGAUGAACAGCGACGAGAAUUUUUCCAGCUGGAAGUCACAAAAGCUUUGAUUAAUGGAGAGCAAUUGUUAAAGGAGGUAAGUUUGGCGAAAAAUUCAACCUACAGUAAUUUGGCCGCAAACUGAAGAAUUACAUUUUUAAGGUAUCCGUGGAAACCGUCAAACCGGCUGAUCAGUUGGAAACUGCACAAUUGGUUAGUUUUUUUUUAAUGUUAAUUUACUAGGGCUCAAAACUCCGAAAUUCGAGAUUUUCUGCCAAGAAAUUAGUUUUAAAAAAUGCUCUAAUUUUCUCCCUUAAUUUUUUGCAGUUCCUUCUCCACGGUCUUCAUUCAAUGUACCUUCUUCCGGGUUCAACAAAUCGAAUUCAAAAACGAAUAGAAGCUUUGAGAUCAUUGGAUUCGCUGAUUCCGUUGGAAAUUGAACAAAUGAAUGAGAGACAAUUAAUUUUUGUAAGUUAUUUUCGACUUCAAAUACUUGAGUUUUUUCUGAAAACGUAGAAAUUUGUGAAUUUUGAUAUACAAAUGUCAGCCUAUAAAUUCAUUUGAAAAUUCCUUUCCUUCCAGAAUUGCUACAUUCGAAAAAUCGAUAUUGGCUCAAAAAAUAAGGAACAACUUAAAACUUCGCUAUUGGAUUAUGUGAAAUUUAGUAAGAAUUUUAGAUUUUCAGCAUUUAAAAAAUGGGUUUUUUUUCCAGCUUCUCGGAUGCCAAAUUCAACCUACCUCUACGCUUCUGCACUUUUUAAGAAAAAUUUGAAUUAG